CGCGCAUUGCCUUCCUUCCCUCCCUCCUGAACCUUUUUCCUAUAUAAAGAGACCAGCCCCCCACGGACAUCAGGAGAUUACAACAGCAGCUACGAUCGGCUACUGCGCACCGAUCGAUCUCAGAGUCCACGAGGCAUUAGCUAGAACUAGAGGAGGGCAGAGCUCAGGGAUAGAGUUCAGAUAGAGAGGGAGGGAGAUCUCCUCGACGAUCCGUCGAACAUGUAUCAUGGUGGCCAGAGCAUGUCUCCUGCUGCGACCGGCGGUCGUGGCGGCACGGCCAGGAAGGUUGCGCCAUGGAUCCUCGCCUGCGGCUUCCUGCUCUGCUCAUCGGUCCUUUUCCUAGGGGCUGAAGGCGCAAUUGGUGUGAACUACGGCAUGAUCGCCAACAACCUGCCGACGCCGGACAAGGUGAUCGCCAUGUACAAGGCCAACAAAAUCAGCUACGUCCGCCUCUUCCACCCUGACACGACCGUCCUCACCGCGCUCCGGGGCACGGGCAUUGGCGUCGUCCUCGGCACGCUCAACGAGGACCUUGCCCACCUCGCCUCCGACGAGUCCUUCGCCGCCUCGUGGGUGGCCUCCUACGUCAAGCCCUUCGCCGGCGCCGUCACCUUCCGGUACAUCACGGCCGGCAACGAGGUCAUCCCGGGCGACCUCGGAACGCACGUCCUCCCCGCCAUUAGGAACAUCGAGACCGCGCUCAAGGCGGCGGGCGUCACCGGCGUCCCGGUCACAACGGCCGUGGCCACGUCAGUGCUCGGCGUGUCAUACCCGCCGUCGCAGGCCGCGUUCUCCGAGGCGUCGGCGCCGGUGAUGGCGCCGUUGGUGGCGUACCUGUCGUCGAAGAAGGCGCCGCUGCUGGUGAACGUGUACCCUUACUUCGCGUACGCGGCGGAGCCGGAGACGGUGCAGCUCGGGUACGCGCUGCUGGCCGGGUCGAGCGCGACGUCCAAGAUCAAGGUGUCGUCGGUGACGGACGGCGGGCUGGUGUGCACCAACAUGUUCGACGCGAUCCUGGACGCGGCGCACGCGGCGGUGGAGAAGGCCGGGGCGCAGGGGCUGGAGCUGGUGGUAUCGGAGACCGGGUGGCCGUCGGGCGGCGGCGGCACGGGCGCCACCGUGGAGAACGCGGCGGCGUACAACAACAACGUGAUCCGGCACGCGGCGUCGGGCGCAGGCACGCCGCGGCGGCCCGGCAAGGCCGUGGAGACGUACCUGUUCGCCAUGUUCAACGAGAACCAGAAGCCCGAGGGCACGGAGCAGCACUUCGGCCUCUUCCAGCCGGACAUGAGCGCCGUCUACCCCGUCGACUUUGCCGCCGGCUCCUACUGAGGACUGAACGAUGACUGGGACCGUACAGCGCCGAAAUUUAGUUUUACUGCUACCACACAGAUUAAUUCAUUUACAGUUUACUCGCCCGUUUAUUUGUCACAGGUUUAUCACUUUACUUUACAGCAGCUCUGUACAUGUGUAGUGCAUGAUGGUACACGGCAUAUAUAUACUACCGGUAAGAGCUCAUUGCUCUUUGGUUAUGACGAGUGCGUUGAAUC